AUGUCGGAGGAAAGGUGGCACCUGAGUCGAAGCACAUAUUAUCAAGAGGGAUGGCUAGCUGUGGGGAACGAGAGAGGGGUGGUCGGGGUCACCUACACCAGUUGCUAUCCUCGGCCACAAGAUGAAAUCCCAUCCAGGACCAAUUUUAAUCUCCGUGGACAUCGGGCACAGGUCCUGAUGGUUCAAUGGAAUGAACCUUAUCAAAAGUUGGCUUCUUGUGAUGCCUCAGGGAUAAUUUUCGUUUGGAUUCGAUAUGAAGGACGGUGGAGCAUCGAACUUAUAAAUGACAGGAACAUUCCUGUUGUCCAUUUCCUCUGGUCUCAUGAUGGACGUCUGGCACUCAUCUGUUAUCAGGACAACUUUGUAUUGGUGGGUUCUGUAUCUGGACAGAGGUACUGGUCACAAGUCCUUGAAGACCCAACUGUUUUUUCUGUGACAUGUGGUGUCUGGUCUCCAAAUGAUCUCCAGGUCCAUUUUGGAACAUCGACUGGUGAGGUGGUAUCAAUGGAUGUACAUGGGAAUCCUAUUGGUCGGUGGCACCUUAGUGGCUCCCCUAUUGCCUGGAUGGGGUAUAAUUGCCCCAAAUUCAAGAUGGAGGAGGAUUCACCUCAUCCCUCUUCUACCUCUUUGAGCUCCUCGUGGAUUCUGGUUGUAUCAUUCAAGAAUGGUGAUCUCGGUGUCUUGCACGGUCCAGACGACCCAUUGGCCUCUUUUGUGAAGACAGGCCUCACAGGUACUCACUGUGAAUGGAGCAAUGCAGGAAAUGUCCUGGCUGUGGCUGGUUCUUCUACUUCUUCAUCCACUUCCCAGUGGGUGAAGCUCUACUUUCCUUCUGGUGCCCUUGCCUACUCCAGACAGCUUCCCUUAGGCUAUUCAGAAGAGGUGAGUGGGUUAACCUGGGGCCACAAUGACAAGCGGUUAUUUGUGGUGCGAGGGCAACGGAUCGAUAUAGCUUGGGUAUCUAUGCGAGUGCCCUCUCUACAGCUCCUCUCACUCCUCCUUGUCCAUUCAACCAUCCCAGCAUCCGUGGAUCUAACGCCAGUCAUGCUUCCAGACCUCCGUAUCCCAAAACGCAUCUUUCAUCAGCUCAACUCACUCCGCUUUGCCACUGUUCAUAGCAACAUACCACUGCGAGAGGGUAUGCGAGCAUUUGUGUGCCGUCCACCAAGUGGUCGGUCUCGCCUCCACUGUACAAUGGUGCGAGAGGAGGAGAGUGGGAUGUCCCUGGUCCCACCAGAUGGCCCAAGUUACACCUUGUACCUUGAGUUCCUUGGUGGUCUCAUGCCCAUUCUUCAUGGCCGCCGCACAUCCAAGCUCCGGCCUGAGUUCCUCAUCUAUGAUCCACAAGGGAAGCAUUUGGAGAAUGAGUUUCGAGAGAACAGUGACCCUGCAUCUGAGUUCCCCCCUUCUGUCCUUCCCUACCAUGACAAGGAGUUGGUAUUGAUCCAUGCCAACAUCUGGGGCACAAAAUUCAAGUUUUAUGGGAGCCUGCCUCACCUUCCCUCCAUGCUGGGGGAGGUGAUCUACAAGACUUCUCUGCUUCACCUCCAGCCAAGGAAGAUGAUGCUUGUUGUGACUGAGCUCCUUGGGGAUGAGGCCUCCCUCUCCUCCUCCACCCCCACUGCCAGCACUUCCACAGGAGAUGAAGUGAAGGCAGAGGAAAGCCAUUCAAUCCCAAGAGCAGAAGUUCCAAGCCCUCCACCAUCCCCCCCACAUCCACUGCGAGUGAGUCACACUGUAAUGCGGUUCCGUGAGCCCCCUCCAAUGCCAGCUCCCCCACCCCGCUCCAAGAGCACAGGGUUCCUCAAUGUCAGGGACAGCUCCAGCUUGUUCCUCACCACAUCCCCAAUGGCCUUUGAGGAGGGUAACCCAGUAGAGGACCAGGCAGAUGAGCUGCCCAAGAGGUUGAUUCUGGCUCGACCCAACAUGCGAGACUUGGUGAAGAGUCUCAGUGUGGAAGAGGAGGUGGAGACAGGGGACCCACUGCCUCAUGUGAGUGUUACUCCGCCAAGCAGCCCUGAGGACACCUCUAUCCCCUUCCUUUGUGGUGUAUCUCGGUCCGUUCCAUCUUCACCUCUCAUGGCCAGACGUCUCAGGGAUGUCCUCUCCUCACCACUUAAGAGGAGCCUUUUGAAUUCCCCACUGUUAAGCUGUGGGAGUGGACGACGACCAAGGUCCUCAUUGGAUGACUCAGCAGUCUCCAUCAAUCCUCCAUCUUACGCUGGAGCCCGUCCGAAGCAUCGAUGGUCCACGAGACGCAAGCUGAGACGCUCAAAUAAGACAGUGCCAGCAAUGGCAGGUCUUACCCCAGCAGACAGUGAUGAGUCCAGUGUGUCUGGUGUGCCUCGACGCCAGUUCAUCCUCUUCAAUAAGGCCCCAUUGUGGAAUGAGAACUCCCAGGUGUAUCAGCUAGACUUUGGUGGGCGUGUUACCCAGGAAUCAGCCAAGAACUUCCAGGUGGAGUAUGCUGGAGACCAGCGAUCCAUGAUCAACUAA